UUUGAGAGAAUUUGUACAUCGGGUUUUGCCGAGCCUCUGUCUUGCCAGCCAAACUUGGAAAAUGAGAACGUCUGUCGGAGGAGCUGAGCCAAUACGUUCAGCGGCAACAAUGUCUUCAACGGAAGCAGGGACCAAUAAGAACAAAAAGAAACCAAGGCACUCCCUACGACCGCAUCAGCUCAGAAAACUCACUGAGAAGCAGGAGUUAGAUGCACUCGAUCGUGCAGCAAUGGAAUUCGAGCCACCGAAUGAUCUGCGAGCUUUCGCCGAUCUGCCCAUAUCGACUCACACGAAACGCGGUCUGAAGAAGUGCUUCUUUGUUGAGAUGACGGGUAUUCAAGCAUUCUCCUAUCGUCGUAAAUGGGGCCCUCAGGAUGGUCUUGGUGCUUUGAUUAUUUCUCCAACUCGUGAACUCGCGGUUCAGAUUUUUGAAGUCUUGCGAUCAAUCGGGUGCUUCCACGGCUUCUCUGCUGGUCUUGUCAUCGGAGGAAAGAGUCUCAAAGAUGAACGUGACCGAUUAUCUAGAAUGAAUAUUCUUGUGGCGACCCCUGGAAGGCUUCUUCAGCAUCUGGAUCAGACUUUCGGGUUCGAGUGUGACCACCUUCAAGUACUUGGCCAGUGGCUAUUUGUAUCUGCGCUUUCCAACACUGACGUGGGUAUUAUAGUCCUCGACGAAGCUGACCGUAUACUCGACAUGGGAUUUGCUCGAACUCUGUCCGCGCUUCUUUCUCAUCUCCCAAAAUCUCGUCAGACUCUGUUGUUUUCCGCCACUCAAACCCAAUCAGUUGCACAGCUAGCGCGCCUUAGCCUAAAAGACCCGGCUUUCAUCGGUGUCGGCGAAGAGCAAAGUAAAAUAGACACGCCCGGGACGCUGUCGCAAUACUACAGUAUAUGCGAGCUCGACAAAAAACUUGAUGUUCUCUGGUCCUUCAUCAAGGUGCACCUGCAGUCAAAAGUUCUUGUCUUCCUAUCAAGUGGAAAACAAGUACGUUUUGUAUUUGAAACGUUUCGUAGGAUGCAGCCAGGCGUUUCGUUACUCCACCUCCAUGGAAAGCAGAAGCAAUCUGCUAGACUAGCGGUGUACACUCGUUUUACAUCCUCACAACAUGCAGUUCUCUUUGCGACUGACAUCGCAGCUCGUGGGUUGGACUUCCCCUCUGUGGAUUGGGUCUUGCAGGUAGAUGCGCCUGAGGAUGUUGAGACUUAUAUACACCGUGUGGGUCGGACAGCACGGUAUGACAGCUCAGGAAAGGGCCUUUUACUUCUACUUCCUAGUGAGGAGAAGGGCAUGUUGGCCGCCCUUGAGAAAAAGGGGGUCAAGAUUGAGCCCAUAAAAAUCAGGGCCAGCAAAACGCGCAGUAUUCAGAACGAGCUACAAAAACUGGCGUUCCAAGAUCCGGAGAUUAAAUACCUUGGACAGCGUGCGUUGGUAUCGUAUGUUCGUUCCGUGCACCUUCACAGGGACAAGUCAAUAUUCAAGGUUAAAGACCUCCCCGUGGAGAAAUAUUCCGAAUCGCUAGGCUUACCGGGCACCCCUAAAAUCAAAUUCUUGAGCAGGGAACAGACGAAGGGUCGCAAGAAUGCAUCUCGAAUCACGACCGUGACUGAAGCCGAAAUGGAGUCUGAGCGCGAAGAGGACUCAUCAUCUGGCGAGCGGAGUAAAAGCUCUCAGGGCCCUGACGAGAGCAACGAUUCUGAGAGCUCAGCCGAGGAGAACCAGGGCGCACCACGGAAACUGAUGGAAUCAGGAAGGUCGGACCUGCCUAAGGUUCGCUGCGUAUUGUCCAGGAUCCUGUUAUUUUCUGCUCACAUGUAUGAUCGAAUGUUCGGGCGCAAAAACCAGAACAUUCUUUCCGAGCAUUAUGCUAAGAUGGUUGAUCACGAGGACUCUGGCGAUGAGGGGUUCAUCACACUGAAGCGAGCCGAUCAUGAUCUCCCAGAUUCGAAGGAGGCCGAUGGGAUAGAUGUCGAGGACUUGUCAAAACGGAAGCUGAAGUUAUCGCGAACGAAACGAAUGAUUGCAAAAUAUGGACAGCUCGGACAGAAGCUAAUAUUUGAUGACGACGGAAACCCGCAUGAGGUGUAUGAAAUGGUUCCAGCCGAAGAGUUCUACAAGCAUGGAUCAGAUUCUGUAAGGGAAGCGGGGAGAACGUUUGCGGAAGGAGAAAGAGGUCGGUUGAAGGAGGCUGAUGUCUUGGAUAAGCAGCUUGCCAAAGAGAAAAAGCAGGAGAAAAAGCGUAAGCAUAAGGAACGCGAGAAAGGGCUUCGCAACAAUGAAGAAGGGCUGCAUGGACCUAUUGUUGCUCCGUUGUCGGACGAUGACGGUUAUGUUACUCCCGACUUUGACUUACCCUCAGAGAGUGAGUCAGAAGUGGAACCACCACCAAAACGUAGGAAGCCUUCCGCAUCUGGAUCACUUCUCCCCCCACGCCCACAAAAUCUGGAGGACGAAGAAGAACUUGCUUUGCGCCUCUUGCGCAAGCACUGAUGCCAGAGACAACUGCAAGCCGCUCUUCGGUUGGCCCACUCUUCGUUUCGUAGUAAAUGUUCACUUCAGAUAUCAUGUAGGUGAACUUUGGGUAUCUCGUAGUCCACGGCACGUUCCCAGCGUGCAAUGUAUUAGGU